CAUCACUGCCGCCUGGGCUAGCCUCAUGAUCACUGUCGCCUGCCCAUCGCACGAGCGCAAGGCGGCGAAUUUCUCGCGCCUCCGCCUCGCCGCCGCCGCGGCGCUCGCGCUCGGCGCCUGCGGCCUCCUCGGCCGCGCGGCCGUGCCCGACAGGUCGAUCGUGAUCGGCACCCGCCUUUCGCUCUCGUGGCACGACUGCGGCGGGCCGGAGGCGGUGGGACGCGUCGCGUGGGUGGGUGCGAGCAGCGUCGUCGUCGGCGAGAGCAGCUUCGUCCCCGUCUCCGUCUCCGUCUCCGAGCCGCUGCCCGCCGAGGCGGUGAUAGUCAACGCGACGACCUGGUCACAGGAGCUGCAGCUGAUGACGCUCGAGGGCAGCGUCUGCACGCCGUCGCGGGGCGUGCUGCACCUGGGGCGGAUGUAUCUUGGCAAGCUCCACUACUCGGGGCUCGCCUGCCCGCUGAUGGAGGAGGGCGCGGGGCCAUGGCCGCGGCCGCUCAACUUUUCGGUGCGGAUGCACCUCACGCCGCCCUUCUACGCGCCGCCCGGCUUCAAGACCACGCUGACGAACAUCACGGCCUCGGCGCCCGGCCGCGGGCAGCUCUUUUGCGCCACGCUGACGACGCACGACCCGACGGACCCCGCGUCCGUCAAGCUGCUCGAGCAGGCGCAGAGCAGCAGGUAGGGGGGAGGGAGAGCGAUGGUACUCUAGAAUGUAGAAAGUAUGGUUGAGAGCAUCGUGGGGACGAUUUGUGUGUGUUUCUCUCGAGGAGGCAGGGCCGUGAGGCCCUAGCCGAACUAGCCCCGCCAGCAGUUUGUCGUAGUACGAGACACGCACACGCAAAAGAGGUACGCGCGCGAUCGCGGACACCCACCCCCGCGCCUCGUGGCGCGCCGCUCCUGCCGGGCGGGCGCGCGCCCGGCCCCGGCCCCCGGCCCCGCCGGCCCCGCGCCGGCGCACGAGCACUCGAGCAGCGCGCACCCGCGCGGCGAGAGACCACCGGACGACCCGCAACAUGAAGGGGAGACGCACCUGCAUCUCUCAGACGCAAACCUGCGGUCCCCUAUCACAUGUAAGCUUCAUGAAGCCUUUACC